AUUUACAUAAAAGGAGAUUCGUAUCUCAAAACUUCUUGGAGAGACAUACCAAAAAACAUAAACUCCAAAUCGCAACAUUUUCGCGUUUUUGGAUGGGGAAGAAGCGGUUUAGUGUCGCGGUGGCGGUUACAUUCUUAUCCUUGGUUCAUAUUGUUGUCUCAGUUCCAUUCAUAAUGCUUCAUGGAAUUUCAGCUGAAUGUUCUGAUCAUACAAAUUCUAACUUCCCAAGGCUUCUCUCUAACCUCUCCGGCUCUCGUGGCUCUUGCGUAGAAAUUGGAAAUGGAAAAAGCGAUUCAUGGCUUAUGCCACUUACAAAACAAGUAGAAAUCGUGUGUGACAAGGUGAAGCAAAUGAAAGAGUUACGUCUAGGAUACAAUAUUGUUGCAAGAUCUCAGGGGAACUUAGUAGCACGCGGGUUGAUCGAGUUUUGCGAUGAUGGGCCUCCGGUUUACAACUAUGUAUCUUUAGCUGGUCCUCAUGCUGGAGAAUCCUCUGUUCCUUUUUGUGGUGAUCAUUUAGCUCCUAGUGGUUAUAUCAAAAUCCCUACUGAUAUCCCAGAGUAUAUGAAAAGUUCUAAGUAUCUACCAAAGCUUAACAAUGAGAUACCAAACGAAAGAAACUCAACUUACAAAGAGCGUUUCACGCGCUUAAAGAACUUGGUUCUGAUUAUGUUUCAGAAUGAUACGGUUAUUGUUCCCAAAGAAUCAUCUUGGUUCGGUUUUUACCAGGAUGGUAAUUAUACAUCUCAACCUCCUCUUCUCUCCCCUCAACAGACAAAGCUCUAUACAGAAGAUUGGAUCGGUUUGAAAACAUUGGAUGUUGCUGGAAAAGUGAAGUUUGUGAGUCUACCUGGCGGACAUCUCCAAAUAGCAACUACCGAUGUUAUCAAAUACGUAGUGCCUUAUCUUUAAAACCAACCAUCUUGAUCCAUAUAAAACGAAGGACGCGUUGCGUCAUUAAAAAGAACAGAUACCUCAUUUGUUAUAUGCUUAUUUAUGCAACAGUGACCGAUGAUUGUGUGUAGAACAAGGAUCCACAUUCAUAUAAAGAAACUUACAUACCUAUC